AGAACGUGGCAACUCAGACAAGUUCCAGACGGAAGAGGCGGCGUGCGUGUUUUCAGAGGGGGAAUAGUUUGGAUGAAACUACGAGCUAGAGGCGAGUACAAGCCACACGUCAGUAUUGAUCGUGACUGCAGGUCUGCACGGCCGACAGGACUUUGAUGACAUUCAUCAGAGUUAUUUGCAACAUUAAUUAACCGGCUACUGCUGGGAAAAGCACGUCGUGGACACCGGGCCGCGUCAUCUGUGGACAAUGAGGAAGGUUGCUCUGCUGCUGCUCGUGCUGCUCGGCGUUGCAUAUUUUGCAACUGUCAGCAGAUGUGAAGAUGGUGAGUUAACUUUUUUAAAAACCUUUUUGGGUUUAUUGUAACUAAAUGUGCUGUUCAAGUUGGUAUGAUGCAAACUAGCUGGACAAGUUUCCACUAAGGUGUGCUAGUUAGCGAGCUAGCUGGUUUGCAAAUGUCAACAUAAGUCUCAAGUCAUGCAUCUAAAGCUACUUUGCUUUCUUAACACUCACAAUAACCAUCUGUGAAAUUAUAAUCCAGCCAUUUUACGCUUUGACUUUGCUGUAUAAUAUAUCUAUACUUUGCACUGACAGUGGAACGAGCUGUAAAUAGAUGUAAAUGUCUCUGUGUGGGCUGUGACCGACCUUUCUUUCCUUGUCUGUUGUCAGAAGUUGCAGAUGAGAAGGUGGAGACAGAUGAAGAGGACAGUGAUGAUGAAGAGGAGGAGGAGGGUGAUGAUGAUGAUGACACAGAAGUGAAGGAAGAGAACGGGGUGUUGGUUCUCAAAGACAACAACUUUGACACCUUCAUGGAGGGCAAAGACACAGUCCUGAUUGAGUUUUACGCCCCAUGGUAUGUCACUUAUUCCUGAGCUUGACAAAAGCGAUACAUGUAUGUACUCAGGUUUUCUUAUACUGUUCUUCUUUUUGUCUUUUUCAGGUGCGGCCACUGUAAACAGUUUGUCCCAGAAUAUGAAAAAAUCGCCCAGGCUCUGAAGGAGAACGAUCCCCCCGUACCUGUGGCCAAAGUUGAUGCAACAGAAGCGAACGAGCUGGCGACCAGGUUUGAGGUGUCGGGCUAUCCGACCAUCAAGAUCCUGAAAAAAGGGGAGCCCAUAGACUACGAUGGAGAGAGAACAGAGAAAGGUAAGAACACUAAACUCAUCCGAACCCUAGAACACUAUUGCUAAAAUUGGUAACACUAUCACUAUAUCACUACCACCAGUUUUCUUUUAUUUAUAACUCUGCAAUGUCCAAAGGGAGGGAAAAAAGUGCCAUGAGGGGACCAUAUAAAAAUGCAACAAAAUAAUUAAAAUUAGGUGUCCAUAAAACAAAAAAUUCCUAAAAACAAAAAAUUAUAGAAACUGUAGACUAAGUUUCUUUUCCACCCAUUCCUGGUGCAUGUGAGUCAUCCCUGGUGAAGACUCAGGGUCCUUGAAUUCCCUUGAAAACCACUACUUUGUGAUAGUUAUUCAUAACCACUGAUCCUAAUAAAGAUAGCAUGCAAAUUCCAGGACCACUCUUAGUGACCUUAUUCGCCGACAUGCAGCUAUCAAAUCCACCCAAACCUACUUUACCCUCUAUCACUAUUGCCAGGUAAAAACCACCUGAACACUUGCCUGUAGGAAAAAGCAGGUUUUGGAUCAGGGAAACAAAUAUGCCUUCAAAGAUGUCAAAGGCUAUGCUGAAGCUACCCAGGGACUCGUGAUACUCAGACAAACACAACAUAAUAAAAAAAUCACCUGGCGAUAGUGUUCUAGGGUUAAAAAGAACUUGAAAGCAAUUUCCCCCUAGGGAUUAUUUAAGUAUUUCUAAUUCUGAUUCUGAAAGUCUUGUUUUGAAAUUCGUGUCAUUCAGUGAUUUUUUGACUUCCUGUUGUAGCUAUUGUGGCCAAAGUCAAAGAGGUGGCUCAGCCUGAUUGGAAGCCCCCUCCUGAGGCGACGCUGGUGCUGACCAAAGACAAUUUUGAUGAGACGGUCAACAACGCGGACAUCAUCCUGGUGGAGUUCUACGCUCCAUGGUCAGUAAAGUUGAUUCAUAUCUUGCUAAAAGACAUCUGUUCUUUAAGAUGUUAUUCAUCAUUUGACUCCUGUGAUGCUAAGGUGCGGACACUGUAAGCGUUUGGCUCCGGAGUACGAGAAGGCAGCUCAGGAGCUCAGCCAGCGCUCUCCCCCCAUCCCUCUAGCCAAGGUGGACGCCACUGUAGAGAGUGAGAUCGCCUCACGCUUUGACGUCUCAGGUUAUCCUACACUGAAGAUCUUCAGGAAAGGAAAGAUGUUCGAUUACAACGGACCGAGGGAGAAGUACGGUAGGUCGACCUUCUCUGGACAUAAACCUCUUAAGGUUUGUUUUUGCUGUUUUCAUUCAUCAUUGUUGAUCCCUCUUUCUUUCUCGUCUUCCUCUAGGGAUUGUUGACCACAUGACCGAACAGUCUGGACCUCCUUCCAAGCAGGUCCAGGCACCGAAGCAGGUGCAGGAGCUAAUCAAGGAUGGGGAUGAUGCUGUGAUUGUCGGUGUGUUUUCUGGUGAACAGGAUGCAGCCUUUGAGACCUACAUUGAGGCCUGUGAGUACCAUGAGCUGCUGAGACACUUUUCUUACAUCUUUAUAUAAUGCGGGCAAAACUCUCUUCAAAGCGCUUUAAGUUUCAAAUGUAUACAGACACGACUCUCUCUGUGUGUGACAGGUAAUGCCUUGAGGGAAGACUUCACUUUCCGUCACACAUUCAGCGCUGAUGUGAUGAAACUGCUCAAAGCCUCACCUGGACAGGUUGUCGUCGUUCACCCAGAAAGGUUCCGCUCCAAGUAUGAGCCAGCCCAACACACACUCACAGUAAAGGUACCGUCUGCUUUAUCAUCUAAGCCAGGGGUUUUUACUUGUUGUGAUUUUUGUAGAUCAUAUUAAGUCUAUCAGCUCCUGAAACGUGAAAGCUCUUGUUUUGCGUGCUGCAUUUUAAAAGAAUAAACUGACGUUACAUCGAUGUAUCACACAGGACUCCACAUCUGUAUCAGAGGUGCAGGAGUUCUUCAAAAAGCACGUGAUACCUCUUGUGGGCCACAGAAAACCAAGCAAUGACGCCAAGCGCUACUCAAAAAGACCCCUGGUGGUUGUUUAUUAUGGAGUCGACUUUAGCUUCGACUACAGGAAAGGUGAGUCUCUCAUAUCUACAUUAAAUGUGACCUGGAAUCUUAACACUUUACUGUUUUGUGUUGUAGAGCAGAGACACAUUUUUUCCAUUGCUGUGUGCAUGCUUCUUUUUCAGCCGACUGCCAUUCGUGGAAUUUUUUUACUUUACAUUUAGCCACCAGCAACCCUGUCAUUAUGAGCAGGUGCAGUGAACAUCACUCUUUUUGUUUGCCUUGUGUUUCCAGCCACACAGUUCUGGAGGUCCAAGGUACUGGAAGUAGCCAAGGACUUCCCAGAGUACACGUUUGCCAUCGCUGAUGAGGAGGACUACGCAGAAGAGCUGAAGGGUUUAGGCCUCAGUGAGAGCGGGGAGGAGGUGAAUGUAGGAAUUCAGGGAGAGGGAGGCAAGAAGUACGCAAUGGAGCCCGAGGAGUUUGACUCUGAAGUGCUGAGAGACUUUGUUAUGGCUUUUAAGAAAGGUACGUCUGGAUUCAUAUUUCACUGCUUUCUUCAUAAUCUUUGACGAAAGGGUCACUUUUAUUUCCUGUACGCUAAAAUAAAUGGGCUACUUCUGGUUUGUCAGAAAUAAUCUUAGAAAAUGAUGGUAUUAUUUACAUUUUGGGCUAACGCUAGAAAAAUCUCAUUCUGAUAUUUUCUUGUCUCUCCACAGGGAAGCUGAAGGCCAUCAUCAAGUCCCAGCCUGUGCCAAAGAACAACAAAGGACCAGUGAAGGUUGUUGUGGGAAAAACUUUUGAAGACAUCGUCAUGGAUACCCAGAAGGAUGUCCUGAUUGAGUUUUACGCACCUUGGUGCGGCCACUGUAAAAAAAUGGAGCCUGAUUAUUUGGCCCUGGGCAAAAAGUAUAAGGGGGAAAAGAACCUGGUCAUUGCCAAGAUGGACGCCACAGCCAACGAUGUGCCAAACGACAGCUACAAAGUAGAAGGUUUCCCCACAAUAUACUUCGCCCCCAGCAAUAGUAAGCAGAGUCCGGUCAAGCUGGAGGGUGGAGACAGAACACUGGGGGGCCUCAGCAAGUUUAUUGAAAAGCACGCCACAAAGCUGUCACAGAAGAGAGAUGAGCUUUGAGAAAAUCGCUCUCCAUGAGUAGCUAAGAACUCUUAAAGUGCUUGGGCGGUGUCUCAGAGGAGGACUCUGGGAAGGUGAAGGGAAGAAAGGGGCGUAAAAGGAGUUACUGUGAUGAUUACAACGUCGAAUCAUCGUUUUAGUUUCUGUUCAUUCCAAGAGAUUCAGCUUUCUUCUGUUUCUAAAAGCAUGUAAGCACUGUUAAAGAUUCAAGUCUUUUUAAAUAAAACGGAAAAUGAUGGCAGCUUUGUGUGCCAGCACUUAAA